CCGGGGGGGAGCGGGGCGGGGACGGACCGGGCGGGAGCGGGGUCGAUAUCGGGCCGGGGAUCGGGGCCGGGACCGGGCGGCCAUGCCGUACGCCAACCAGCCCACCGUGCGCAUCACCGAGCUGACGGACGAGAACGUCAAGUUCAUCAUCGAGAACACGGACCUGGCGGUGGCAAAUUCCAUUCGCAGAGUGUUCAUCGCUGAAGUCCCCACCAUAGCCAUCGACUGGGUCCAGAUAGAUGCCAACUCCUCUGUGCUCCACGAUGAGUUCAUUGCACACAGGCUGGGCCUCAUCCCUCUCACCAGCGAUGACAUUGUGGAUAAGAUGCAAUAUUCCAGAGACUGUACAUGUGACGAGUUCUGCCCCGAGUGCUCCGUGGAGUUCACCCUGGACGUUCGCUGCAACGAGGACCAGACCCGUCACGUCACGUCCCGCGACCUCAUCUCCAACAACCCCCGGGUCAUUCCGGUGACGUCUCGGAGCAGAGACAACGACCCCAAUGACUAUGUGGAGCAGGAUGACAUCCUCAUCGUGAAGCUGCGGAAGGGCCAGGAGCUCCGGCUGCGAGCCUACGCCAAGAAGGGCUUUGGGAAGGAGCACGCCAAGUGGAACCCCACGGCGGGCGUGGCCUUCGAGUACGACCCAGACAACGCGCUGAGGCACACCGUGUACCCCAAACCAGAGGAGUGGCCCAAGAGUGAGUACUCGGAGAUCGACGACGAGGAUGCUCAGGCUCCCUAUGACCCCAACGGGAAGCCAGAGAGGUUCUAUUACAACGUGGAGUCCUGCGGUUCCCUGCGCCCGGAGACCAUCGUUCUGUCCGCACUGUCCGGCCUGAAGAAGAAACUGAGCGACCUCCAGACCCAGCUGAGCCACGAGAUUCAGAGCGACGUCCUCACUAUUAACUGAGGUGGCUCCUUGUGAGAGAGUGCUGAGGUGUGAGUGAUGGAGCAGGUCCUUUCCUCUACCUGGCCGUGAUCUGGGGAGAGGCUUUUACAUCCCCGUCUCCCUCUGCCUUUCCUGGCCCAGCUCUGCUAGUUGGUGACGGCUCUUCCCUGACCUUGCUUUCCAGGGAAAGCCGUUGUGUUGUGUAGGGUAAAACGGGAAGGGAAUCAAUCAGUGAGCAUCUUCGCUAGGACAGGCUUUGUUUCCAACAGAUCCGAGAGUUUUGGUUCUGGUUUUGGAUUCUGGACAUGUGGUGUUUGGGAUUGGGAAGUGUAUACCUUGGUUACACAACCCUACCUUAUUUACAUGUCCAUUCCUCACUGUGCUGAAUAAAGCCUUACCCCCACA